UGCUAAAAAUUCAAUAAUUGAUAAAAUUUUAAAUCAAAUUUAAAUUCUGAAUAAGUGAAACAGAACGAUUAAGGAGAAAUUCAUGAAAGAGAAUUGAAAAUGAAAGUUUAUUUGUGCAUGUUUGUGAUUAUCUCAAUAGUUCUAGUUGAUUUUGUUUAUUCAGCAUCUGAAGAAAAUCGUCCAGGUGCAUCUGGUGAUAAACCGAAACCAAUUGAUGCUUGGCACACAUUUUGGAAUCCUAAUAUAUGCUGUGAUGUUGAAAACAAGUACUUUAAAACCGAUUUCCAUGGAGGAAUUAUAAAAUCUAUUGACGAAUGCUAUCAACAAUUUGGUCCACGCGAAUCUGGAGAACCACCAAAAUACAAUUGCUACACUGAAUGUGUGGCUAACAAAACAGGACUGCUCAAUUCGAAUGGAAGUUUGAACGAAACGAAUUACAAAGAUUUUAUCACCAAAUAUUCAGAUCCGUUUGACCAUCAAAAGGUCGUUGUCAAUGAAACUGUGACCGAAUGUGUGAAUGCAGUCAAAUCCGAAUAUAAGCCAGAAUUUAAGGAUCGAAAUGGUUGCCGGUUAACAGGGCAUCUAACCAUUCAUUGUGCUAUUUAUUCUCUGAUUGAAUCUUGUCCAACUGACAAAGAGUCCACUUCAAAAUUCUGUAGAAGGUUCUUUUCAAAGCGUGAAAACGCUCAAUCUGAUGAUAAAUCCAAUUCCGAUUACUUUUGGGAAACAUUCUGGAAUCCAAAUAAAUGCUGUAAUAUUGAAAAGAAGGACGCCAAAACCAAUUUUCACAAAGGAGUUUUAAAACUUGUAGACGAAUGCUAUAAAAGAUUUGGUCGAGAUAAACCAGGGGAACCAACUAAAUACCAUUGCUACACAGAGUGCAUUGCAAAUAAAACAGGAUUGCUCAAUACCGAUGGAACUUUGAAUGAAACUAAUUAUAAAGACUUCAUAACUAAAUACGCAGAUCCAUAUGAUCAUCAUAAAGCCGUGGUGAAUGAAACUGUGGCCGAAUGUGUGAACGCAGUUAAAUUUGACUUUCGUUCAGAAUAUAAGGAUCCACGUGGUUGCAGAAAAACAGGACACAUAAGCAUUGACUGUGCCAUUUCGGGUUUGAUUGGAUCUUGCCCAGUUAACAAGCAAUCAACUUAUGAAGGUUGCAAAAAAUUCUUUCCAAGGUUUCAAGGCUGAACUGAAUUGAAAGAACACAAAAAUAUUUGAUCGACUUUAGUCAAGAAAAAUUGCUUGGUAAAUAAAUUUCACGUUGCUUAAAAAUGUUAAAAAAAAGUGUCCGCAGAUGUAUUGAAAGAAGUAAAAUAAGAAGCAUUUCC